GGUUUAGUUUUUUCAAAAUCUUAUUUUCGGUUCACAGUGUAGGGUACAUGUCUCUUGAAGCUGCGAAAUGGAUCAUUAACCCAACUCAACGAUUCAAAGGAGAAAAACAAAAGAAUCAUUCAAAUGAAAUGGUGGUUCAGAAAUGGGGGAAGGAGGAGCCUCCCUUUCUCUCUGUGUGUAUGGGUUGCGAGAAGGAGUAGAACCAUGCGUUCAGACGCGGCGUUGGAAGCCAUAGCCAAAGCUUCAGAAGACAGAGUUCCCAACAUAGUUCUCUACAACUACCCUUCCUUUUCUGGAGCAUACUCUGCUCUCUUUGCUCACCUCUUCUACACUCACCACAAUCUCCCUUCCCUCAUAUUACCCUUCUCUUCGGUUCCCCUUCUCGCUCUCAGGAUUGAAGAUUUGUGCUUUGAAGGCCUGGAGACGUGUUAUCUACUUGACUUUAUUCCUCCGAAGGAAUUCCUUUUCGACCUUUCUCGUAAAUCAAAAUGCAAGAUUAUUGGGUUUGAUCAUCGGAAAUCGGUACUUGGACAUAUUCCCCCUGCCAAUGAUUGCCCUGAGAAUAUUAUGAUUAAUGUAAAUCUUGAGAAGAGUAGCUCCAGUGUUGUUUAUGAGUACUUUGCCGGCAAAUGUGAGGAUGCUAAUAUUUCUAAUGGUGAGGCUCCAUGUUUGGUGGACUCAAAAGACAAAGGCCGAGUGGAGUUGAUGCUUAAGUACAUUGAGGAUGGAGAUCUUCGCCGAUGGAGCUUGCCUGGCAUUAGGGCCUUUAAUAUUGGACUGAGUGAAUGGCGGUCAAGGUUUAACUGCAUUUCUAAUCCAUACAUGUACAAGCAGUUGCUGAAAUUAAGUGCUGAAGAUUUAAUUACUAAAGGAAAUUCAUGUGUGUCAUCUCGCCAGAAUGCUGCAAGCAAAUUGCUGGAAAAGGCUUUCAGGGUUCGACUGGGUAGAGGAUUUUAUGGAGAGUGCCUGGGAGUUCGGGCAGAUGGGAACUCCAACUUAAGUGAUGAAAUCGGCAAGCUUCUUAGUGUAAAAAGUGCUGCUACUGGUCUUAGGCCAAUAGGGGCUGUGAUAUUCAUGCAACGGAAUAAUCUCAAAAUGUGCUUGCGUAGCACUGAUAGUUCCACUGAUACCUCUGAAGUUGCAAAGGCUUAUGGAGGAGGUGGUUCCCCAAGUUCUAGCUCCUUCAUAAUAAGGUUGGAUGAAUAUAACCAAUGGAUUUCAGGUAAUUUCAUCACGAUGAUUUCUGGGUUUGAGUAUCUAAUUUUAACAUUGAUGGCAAUGUAUACAAGCUUUCUUUCCUGAAAUUACUUGCAAAGCUGAUCAUUUGAUUAGAGGGGAUCUAUUCAGGAAGAGACAGAUGAGGUGAUGACACUUGCAUUUCCCAAAUGAUAUCCAAGGUGAUGGCAGUGUUAUCAUAACAGAUCCAUAGACUGUGCUGAUGUUGAUGCAGCACAUGAUGAGACUAGGAAAAAUAAGGUGAAGCCUGAGCAACAUGGAAGCAUUGAUCUUGGGAGUAAACACGCCACUGUUGGAGUUGACUUUAAGGACAUAAGUUGAAGAUGAUAUUCAAGUUUAGCCAAUUAAAAAGAAAAAUUCAUGAAAAUUAAAUUCUGGUGAGUUUCUGGCAAUGUUUCUUCAACCACCAGUUGGCAACUUUACAGCUUUUAGCUGCAGUUUCUGAUUACUAUUGCAAUUUUUAUCCUUUUCAGCCUAAAUCUAUGAUUAAAAAUAUUUAUGAAGCAUUAAUAAAUAAGUUCAGUAACUUUU